CCACGUUUAUUUACUUUAACGUUUAAUACAAAUUAAUAUAUUUAAAAUAAAGCACCACUGUCUAUAACAUUCAUUUAAUAUUUCAUCAGUUUAUUCUCAAAAACAGGAAAAUAACUGUCAACAAGAACAAACACAAGUGUAUAAACGUGCAUUCGUGGCAUUAACAGCUCCAGCUGAUUCUAAUCAAGGGGUGUUGUAUCAUGGGCAAUAGUGAGUGAGUGAGUGUGUACAUCGAAUGUACACUCAAAAUUAGAGUGCAUUGUGGGUAAAAAGAGUGAACGAAUUUAGGGUUUGAAGUAGUUCACUCAGGUUUCGGACAUCACUACAAAAUGGCGGAAACACGAUAUAGUGCACUAUAUAGGAAAUAGGGAGCGGUUUUAGACACAGUUAUUCGCCAAUGAGAGCUGGGGCGGAAGCAAAGUGUGUUUCCACUGUUCCUAGCUGAAAGAAGUGUUGUAACUAGAAAUUACUAUUUUAUCUGCAAACCGCAUAUAUCCAUCCAUCCUUUUGUUACUGGAAGGCAGAAGAGAAGGUGAAAAAAUGAAUACGCUCAAACGAAAAGUGGAAGAAUCUACAAGCGACAACAGGACUUCUAAAAUGGAUGGGAUAAGUUUUGAGUCAUGCCUGGACCAACCCGGAGAUCAAAGUGUUCACGAAGUGAUAAGUUACGAACCAUCCAGAUUGCCAGCAAGGCAUUACGAUCAUGAUACAACCGAGCCUAUCAGCUGCAGUCUAAAGUCGCUCGAUGAGCUGUUGUUAUGGAAACGAAAUGAAGCAAGUCCAUUCAAUGUGGCCACUGUGCCUCUGGCUAGCAGGUAUCCUACACUAGCCAAAUCCCCUAAAAAGACAUUGGUGUCCCAUGAUAUGAUGGGUGGAUACUUGGAAGACAGGUUCAUUCAAGGUGCAGAGGUAGAGAUGCCAUAUGCUUUCUAUCACUGGAAGUAUAUCGACAUCUUCAACUACUUCAGUCAUCAGAUGGUAACCAUUCCUCCUGCGGUUUGGACUAAUGCCGCACACAAGCAUGGAGUGCUGUCUAUCGGCACAUUUAUCACCGAGUGGACCGGUGGAGAAAAGAUAUGUGAAGAGUUUCUAGCAAAUGAGGAGGCUUACCGGAGAGCUGCAGACAAGCUGGUUCAGAUCUCCCACUGCUAUGGCUUUGACGGGUGGCUCAUUAACAUAGAAAAUGUGCUGAGCGAAAUUGCUGUGAAGAACACCGGUCCCUUUCUCCGCUACCUCACAGAUCAGAUGCAUGAGCGUGUUCCCAGCAGUGUGGUCAUCUGGUAUGACAGUGUGCUGAAAAAUGGCUCGCUCAAUUGGCAGAAUGAACUCAAUGAUAACAAUAGAGUGUUUUUUGAUGCAUGUGAUGGAAUAUUCACUAACUACAACUGGACAGAGCAGAGCCUGGAGUGGAUGAAGUCAUACCCUGGCGCUCAGGGCCGCUUGACUGACAUCUAUGUUGGUGUUGAUGUUUUUGCUAGAGGGAAGGUGGUUGGAGGGAAGUUUGAGACUAUAAAGGCUUUGGAGAUGAUUCGCAAUCAUGGAUUUUCAACAGCCAUCUUUGCUCCCGGUUGGGUGUAUGAAUGCCACGAAAAGACAGAUUUCCGCCAAAACCAGGACAAAUUUUGGGGCUUGCUGUCUGAUUACCUUUAUAUCCACCGUCACUCAUCCAGUCUUCCAUUCAUUUCCUCUUUCUGUCAAGGAUUUGGAAAGAGCCUCUACUGGAGAGGACAGGUGGAGAAUGAGAGAAGCUGGUUCAAUCUGAAUGCUCAGGAGAUCCAGCCUCUGUACCUGUCUGAGAGCGUAGGGGAGAAGGGCUGGCUGAAAACCCACGGCUGCUCAAAAGAUGCUUGGAUAGGAGGUAGCUCACUGAUGGUGAAGGGCAUGAUUCCAUCUGGACUUACUGAUGUCUGUGCAAGGAUAUUUUCUCUUCACGUUCCUUUGGCAGCCAGGACAUUUGUCUCUUUUGUCUACAAGCCACAUGUGGAUGUGAAGGUGUCACUGGUGCUCAAAACCAUAGAUGUUCCUCUGUGCACGUUUGAUGGGACAGAUGAAAUACCAUCUAGCAGUGUUUUACCAGAAGCAUUAGCAGAAGACAACCAGCUGGUUAAGCAGUUUAUACAGAAUUGUGGACAAUGGGCUGUAGAUGGCUGGUCCACCCCCUGCUUCCUACUAAAAAUGACAGGCUGCUCCCUACAAGAUGUGUGUAUUCGUGUAUCCCGAGUUGAAGGAGAGAAAGAUGUUCCUUUCAGCUGCAGGAUUGGAGAGAUAAUGCUCAUGGAUGCAGAGAGCCUUCAGAGCCCCCCGGAGUCUGUCCAGGGCGUGUGCAUUAAUGAUGUGGUUUGGCAAACAGGUGCUUUGAGUGGCAACGGACACACACUGAAGCUCCUCUUGAACGCUACUUUACGCUGGCAGUAUCCCACCCACUUGGUGCGCCAUUUCCGGAUACACUGGAGGCGACUCCGCGGUCCGGACCCUCGCAUUCCUGCGGGACCUCUGACUCUGAUAGGCAGGUGUUACUCCAAUCUGUACCGUGUGGUAGAGCAGGAGGUGCCUGCUGCGCCAGGUCUCAUUGAGCUGGUGGUGGAACCUGUGACCAGAGAGGGAUUCAUAGUGCCCGAGCCCCACUGGGGUCGACGCACAAUCAGCUACAGUGAGACUUCUGCACGUGAGGAGAGAGAAUGAUGCUGAUGUCUUAA